ACACGAUCAAUAAUAUACAUUUCAUAUUUCUACAUGGUAUCAAGAGCCAAUCUCUAAAGAGUAGUUUUUUUUUUCCUUGAUUCUCUUCCGUCAUGAACAUCACUCCAACUACCACGGUGGUUCCCCUCACCGCCACCACCCAUUUCCCCAUCAAGCUCACCACAUCUAACUUUCCGGUGUGGAAGUGUCAAGUCUACUCCGCCCUGGUUGGUCUUGGACUAGAUGCCUAUAUCGAUGGGACGAUUCAAAUACCGGAAAAAUUCACCGACGAUGCCAAAACCCAGAUCAAUCCGUGCUACACCAUCUGGUUCCGCCAAGAUAAAACUAUUCUUAGCGCCCUUCUCGGGAGCUGCUCCGACACCAUUCAGCCAGUCAUAUCUUCGGCUACAUCUGCUCGCAACGCGUGGGAUAAGCUUACGCUUACCUAUGCCAGUACAUCCCGUGGCCGUAUUAUCUCUCUGAAGACCUCGCUUGCUCGCACUAAAAAGGGAUCCCGAUCUAUUCAAGCCUAUCUCACUGAAAUGUAUGCACUCUCCGAGGCGUUAGCGUUGGCCCAAAGUCCAUUAUCCGAGGAAGAUCUUGUUAUCAAUAUUCUCAAUGGACUGGGCCCAGACUAUAGCGAACUUACAUCCGCCAUCCGGGUUCGCGAAACUGCCUUGCCGCUUGAAGAACUCCAGGACAUAUUACUGGAGCAUGAAGCACGUCUCCAGGAGAACAUCAACUCUAGUGACAAUAUCAUACCAACGGCCCAUGUCACCCAACUAGGUGAUCGACGCAUCCCACAUCCAGAACGUCGCUCACCCUCCAAUAAUGACCGACGUGGGUUCCCUACUCGCAGGGGGCGUGGACCUUCCUAUGCUAGUCAGCCACGAUCAAAUGCAAAUACAACUGUUUGUCGUUUUUGUGACCAUAUUGGUCAUGACGUGCGCCAAUGCAGAAAGCUCCAACGAUUCCUAAGAGAUAAUCAAGUGCCCCAUCCAGCAUCUCCGGUUGUCAACCACACUGCCACAACUCCGGCUGGCCUCGAUCAGCCUUGGCUCUUUGACAGCGGUGCCUCUCAUCAUGUCACCGCCAAUGCUGCCAAUCUGCCAUCUUACAACGAUUAUGGUGGUCCUGAGGAAGUUCAUCUUGGCAAUGGAUCGAGCCACGGGGGUCCCACUAAUGCGCGGGGAGAACAUUAAUGACGUUUACUAUGCACCGGUUCCAUGUUCACCACAAGUUCAUGUCACACAAGUUUCAGUUUCACCGUCUUGGCAUCAUACGUUGGGUCAUCCGUCCAGUCGUGUUUUUUCUUCUUUAAUUAGUCAAAAUAAAAAUUCUUUUCCGUGUAAUGUCUCCAAUGAUAAUAAUUGUACUUCAUGCUAUCUUAAUAAAAGCACCAAAUUACCAUUCUUU